UGUAACUCUUUCUAUCGAUGACGCCAGGAUUAUCUCAUCUCCAAAUUAUCCUUCAAGUUACCAUAACAACGCCAGAUACACUUGGUACAUCCGCGCACGGCCAAGGGGUUAUAAUGUGGUAGUAAAGUUUUUGGAUUUUGAAACUGAAGGGAAUUAUGACUAUCUCACCAUUGGUACCGGUGAUUCACCCAACGAUGCUAGUCAGAUUGAGCGGCUCUCCGGCUCUACAUACCCUUCAUAUGUAAGAUUAGAAGAGCCGACAGGCUGGAUCCAGUUCACCAGUGAUUUUUCUGUUGUAAGAAGAGGAUUUCAGCUCGAAAUUAGUCUUGUAAACUCGUCGUUACCAUGGGAACAACCUACCGCUGAUCCCUGGACAAACCGACCUACUCCGACAAGAUGGUGGUGGAAUACUGAUGAACCUACUGCUGAUCCUUGGACAGACCGACCAACUCCGACAAGAUGGCGGUGGAAUACUGAUGAACCACGAACGGCAGAACCAACCCCGUGGUGGUGGAAUCAUCAUACAACUUCAAGUCCAAACUAUCCUCCAGUGGAUGUAAAUGUAACUCUUUCUAUCGAUGACACCAGGAUUAUCUCAUCUCCAAAUUAUCCUUCAAGUUACCAUAACAACGCCAGAUACACUUGGUACAUCCGCGCACGGCCAAGGGGUUAUAAUGUGGUAGUAAAGUUUUUGGAUUUUGAAACUGAAAGGCAUUAUGACUAUCUCACCAUUGGUACCGGAGAUUCACCCAACAAUGCUAGUCAGAUUGAGCGGCUCUCCGGCUCUACACACCUUUCAUAUGUAAGAUUAGAUGAGCCGACAGGCUGGAUACAGUUCACCAGUGAUUAUUCUGUUGUAGCAAGAGGAUUUCAGCUCGAAAUAAGUCUGGUAAACUCGUCCGUUCCAUUUGAAGAACCCACCAGUGAUCCUCGGACGGACCGACCGACUCCAACAAGGUGGUGGCGUACCGAGGGGCCUGGAACAGUAGAACCAAACUACCCUCCCGUAGAAUCAAAUGUUUUUCUAUCUGCCGGGCACCCUAGGAACAUAACGUCUCCAAACUAUCCCUCAAAUUACCACAACGGCGCCAGAUACAUUUGGGACAUUUUUGCACCCGAAGGAUAUGAGGUGGUUAUACAGAUUCUGGAUUUCCGAACGGAACAAUGUUGUGACUUCCUCGAUAUAGGAACCGGCUUUUCGCCUAGCGACGCCCAAUUACUUUAUCAGAUUUCCGGUUCUAAUCCGCCGACACAUCUCAGAUUGAAUAUGAGAAGUGGAUGGAUAGAGUUCUAUAGUGAUGGUUCCGUCACCGACAGAGGAUUUUUAAUUGAAAUCGAUGUUGAACAAACAGGAGGAGGGCCUAGUACAGAAGAACCUGUCACAAACCCGGGAUGGUGGACUCCUACUAACUCCCCUCCCGUCGGAGAAUAUGUUUAUCUAGUUGCCGGACACCCUUGGAACAUAACAUCUCCAAACUAUCCAUCGAAUUAUCACAACAGCGCCAGAUACACUUGGUACAUCGUGGCACCGGAAGGAUAUGAGAUGGUUAUCAAUGUUCUGGAUUUCCGAACCGAACAAUGUUGUGACUUUCUCAAGAUAGGGACCGGCUAUUCUCCUAGCGACGGUCAAAAACAGUAUCAGAUUUCCGGUUCUAAUUCGCCUUCAGAUCUCAGAUUAAAUGGGACGAGGGGAUGGAUAGAGUUCUAUAGUGAUGGUUCCGUCACAGACAGAGGAUUUUUCCUUCAAAUCAAUCUGGAACAUAUUGGAGGAGGAGAAUAUGUUUAUCCAGUUUCCGGACACCCUCUGAACAUAACGUCUCCAAACUAUCCCUCAAAUUAUCACAACGGCGCCAGUUACACUUGGUACAUCGUGGCACCGGAAGGAUAUGAGGUGGUUAUAAAUGUUCUGGAUUUCCAAACCGAACAAUGUUGUGACUUUCUCAACAUAGGGACCGGCUAUUCGCCUAGCGACGGUCAAAAGCAGUAUCAGAUUUCCGGUUCUUAUUCGCAUUCAGAUUUCAGAUUAAAUGGAACAAGGGGAUGGAUAGAGUUCUAUAGUGAUGGUUCCAUCACAGACAGAGGAUUUUUCCUUCAAAUCAAUCUGGAACGUACUAGAACUGAAGAACCUGUCACAAACCCGGGAUGGUGGACUCCUACCAACUACCCUCCCGUUGGAGAAUAUGUUUAUUUAGUUGCCGGACACCCUCGGAACAUAACAUCUCCAAACUAUCCAUCGAAUUAUCACAACAGCGCCAGAUACACUUGGUACAUCGUGGCACCGGAAGGAUAUGAGAUGGUUAUAAAUGUUCUGGAUUUCCGAACCGAACGAUGUUGUGACUUUCUCAAGAUAGGGACCGGCUAUUCUCCUAGCGACGGUCAAAAACAGUAUCAGAUUUCCGGUUCUAAUUCGCCUUCAGAUCUCAGAUUAAAUGGGACAAGGGGAUGGAUUGAGUUCUAUAGUGAUGGUUCCGUCACAGACAGAGGAUUUUUCCUUCAAAUCAAUCUGGAACAUACUGGAGGAGGCCCCUCUUGUCACGGAUGCUGCGAUUGUGGUUACGUUGGAGGUUGUUACUGCGAUUCUUACUGCCAGGGUAAUGGUGACUGCUGUCAUGACUAUGCCCAGGUUUGCACAAAUGAAACGAUGACAAAUCUGCAUUGUGAUAGUACCUCGAUGACGCUUAUAAUGGACAAAGACCUUCUGGAGAUCGGCGAUCAUGCUAGUGAUGUCCAUUUCGAAGACGAAUCUUGUUUUGGUUACUACCACGACAUGUCCCAUGUUGCAAUCACCACUCCAUACGAUGGGUGUGGGACUAAGCAAGAGGUAACCGAGGACUCUGUAAUAUACACAAACAUUGUGACUUUCUACAAACCACGACCUGAGCUCGGUUCGGAUGGGGUCAUUACCAGGGAGCAUUACCUCCAAACGACUGUCCGGUGUAGCUUGGAAAGAGAGCAGGUAUUAGGUGUCUCCUACGAGCCCAAGACGGGCAUAGUUCUCAUCGAAGAGGAAGGAUACGGUGAGUUCUCACUGUCUUUGGAAAGAUACACAGGCCUCGGUUUCAAUCAACUCGCAAACGACACAGGCAAAGUGAUACUCGGCACACCCCUGUACUACGGCAUCCAACUCGCCUCCGUUGCAAAUCUCACACUUCUCGCGGAUUCGUGCUGGGCAACGAACUCGCCAAACCCUCUCGGUUACGCUCGAUACGACAUCAUCGAAGAAGGCUGUGGCGUGGACAGUACAGUCUACAUUCCAAGAUGGUUUUCCCAGUCUUUCACAGGGUUCCAGGUCGAUGCUUUCGCAUUCAUCCGUGAUUACGAGGAGGUUUUCAUCCAUUGCUCCAUUCUAAUAUGUGACAACGAGGACCCGGAUAACCGGUGCUCUCAGGGGUGUGUCUCGCGGUACCGUCGUAGUCCGCAAUCGACAGGCUCCCGUUCCAAACCCCACACCAUUACGAGCGGACCAAUAUCAGAUGCUUCGCGCUUCGAGCAGGCUAUGAUGGUCGACUCGGAUGGAGAUGGAGCAGAAAACUUUGGUCCACCAAUGAUCACAGUCAUGUGUGCCUUCUCUGUUUUCGUGGCCCUCACUGUCCUCUUAUCUCUGAUGAUGAUGCGCAUGCGUCGUAAUCGCCCAGAGCAGAUCGGUUACCAACCAGUGGACGUGGCGCUAGAAGAUUUCUAAACGGACGGUUUAUGGAUUAAUGAAGUUUAGUUUACUGAUCUUUUCCUGCAAUAUGAAUAAGAUGGCAGUUUUGAUUUGGCAUGGAAAUGCCAGUUUUUCGCUAUCGCUGUAUAUUGAUAAUAUCACCCAGCUUUUAGAUUUGAGAAGGGUAAUCAUAGUAAAAAAAUAUCCACGGCAUUCUGAUCGAGCGGUUUUAUUACUGAAGACCUUGAGUAUGUAGCAAAACAGUUUGGCCCAUAUAUAUCAAAUAAUUCAUGCAUAUUGUUCUUUGUUAUGAAGAGUGAUAAUUAUGAACCGUCACAGUAAAGGGAGUGGUAGCUAUCAAAAGCUGAAACAUCAAGAAAAGUGUUUUGGAUUGAUUGGAAUAAUGAUCGAAGUAAUAUCCCCCCUGCUGUUCUGAAUACAAUGAAAAUGUGGUACUGCCAUGUUUGGUUAUUUUUGGGAGCGAUAAAUUAAUAGAUCUCUCCACUCGUCAUGCUCGUUUUCGCACUUUUUCCCCUCAUUUUAGCUUUUACUUUGGAUUUAUAGCAUCUUUGUUUUCCGCACCAUCUUCUUCACUUGCAGAUUAUAACGAGUUGGUAGUUCUCCCCGAUAAUACUGCUUCUCUCUUAUUCUAAAAACAAAGCAUAUUUUUUUGUUUUAUCCUUUAAGAAAUUGCAAUCAAAAUUAGAAAAGUGGAAAUUUAACUAUUUUCUCUCCUUAUUUGAAAAUGUAUAGGCCUAGAUAUCACUGCACGAACUGAUCAUCCUUUUACCUUAAAACUCUAUUGCACCAUG